AUGCUGGACAAAGGCUAUAUAAACCAUCAAGAAAUCACCACCAUCACCAUUAACCAACAAACCAAGCAAAUAGAAACAUUCACCAGAUUGAAAAUGGCAGGUUCUCAUGCAUUGGUGAUGGCUGUUUUGGUGAUGGGAAUAGCAUUCCAUUCCACCCUGAUUGAUGCAACUAUUGCCAAAAGCAUGUAUUUCAAUUGGGGUGCUCACCAUUCUUCAAUUCUAGGCAAUGGUGAUGACCUCCGACUUGUUUUGGACCAAACUUCAGGAUCAGGCAUCCAAUCAAAGAGGGCGUUCCUGUUUGGAAGCAUUGAGAUGCUAAUCAAGUUGGUGCCAGGCAACUCUGCUGGAACCGUGACAGCAUAUUAUUUGUCUUCUACGGGUGCUAAACAUGAUGAAAUCGACUUUGAGUUCUUGGGUAACUCAACAGGAGAACCUUACACAAUCCACACAAACAUCUACACUCAAGGUCAAGGCAACAAAGAGCAACAGUUCAAAUUAUGGUUUGACCCAACUUCCGGUUAUCAUAACUACACCAUUCACUGGAAUCCUACACAAGUAGUAUGGUAUGUUGAUAGCGUGCCUAUUCGGGUGUUCAGAAACUAUGAGAGUGAAGGGAUUGCAUACCCAAAUCAACAAGGGAUGAGAGUUUACUCCGGUUUAUGGAACGCUGAUAAUUGGGCGACUAGAGGUGGACUGGUCAAGAUUGACUGGACUUCUGCACCUUUUGUGGCUAGUUAUCGUAGGUUUAGAGCAAGAGCUUCCGCAGUUGCAGCCAUGAACUCCGCCUCGCAAGAUGAUAAAGCAACAGUAUCUUGCUUUUGA